AUGGGUUCUUUUUGUUUCUGGGUUUGUUUUGUUGUUUUGAGUUUUGCUAGUUCACAAGUUGCUAACGCAACUGUUGAAGGAACUGUUUUUAUUGAAGGGAAAGCUGCCAUUGGUAGAAUAGAUGAAGAUUUCAUUUGUGCUACUUUGGAUUGGUGGCCUCCUGAGAAGUGUGAUUAUGGUACAUGCAGUUGGGGUCUUGCUGGUCUUCUCAAUAUGGAUUUUAGUAAUAAAAUGUUCUUGAAUGCCGUAAGAGGUUUUUCACCAUUGAAGAUUAGAUUGGGCGGCUCAUUACAAGACAAAGUCAUAUACGGCACAAAUGACAAUCAACAACCCUGCACUCCGUUUGUCAAGGACACAUCUGAGAUGUUUGGUUUUACACAAGGAUGUUUGCCUAUGGAUAGAUGGGAUGAACUCAAUUCCUUCUUUCAAAAAUCAGGGGCUAAGGUUAUUUUUGGAUUAAAUGCUCUUGCUGGUCGAACUAUACAAUCUAACGGUGAAGCCCUUGGUGCUUGGAACUACACCAAUGCCGAAUCUUUUAUUCGUUACACUGUCGAAAAGAACCAUACCAUUCAUGGUUGGGAGUUAGGAAAUGAAUUGUCUGGGAGCGGGGUUGGAACUCGGGUCUCGGCAGACCAGUAUGCAGCUGACACUGCUGCUCUUCAAAGCGUAGUGGAAAAUGUAUACAAGAAUGUCGAUUUGAAGCCGUUGAUUAUUGCACCCGGUGGGUUCUAUGACUCGGAAUGGUUCAAAGAAUACAUAAAUAAGACAAUCAAAUCCGUAGAUGUUGUCACUCACCACAUAUACAAUCUUGGACCAGGUAUGAUCCACCUUGUACAAUCCAGUAUUUGGAUCAUCUAG